AUGGAGUCUCAGUCGCUCACUUACACCGCUCUUCCUAGAGGCCGAUACUUCCGCCUGCUUAAAAUCCACCCAGGAUCGCCCAACGACAGUCUCGAGUGCGAGCUCCUCACCUCCGAGCUCGACCAUGCUCCCCCUUACACAGCUGUGUCCUACGUCUGGGGCGCCCCAACCGAAACCACCACCUUGACCUGCUCGGGGCACGUCUGCAGCAUCACCCGGAGCCUCGCAGACGGAUUAUCCCGCAUCCGCAAAGACGACCAGGUCCAGUUCGCCUGGGCCGACGCCAUCUGCAUCAACCAGGCCGACACCAUCGAAAAGGGCCAGCAAGUCGACCUGAUGGGCAGCAUCUACGACGCCGCCCGGGACGUUAUCGUCUGGCUGGGUCCGGACCCCACCGACUCCGCCCCGGAAGCCUUCCGGUGCCUGCAAGUCAUCAACGAGAAGAUCUACACCCGCACCGACGUGGAAACGUUCGAGCCGACCAAGGAAGAGAUGCCCGCCGACAUCGACACCAUCAACGGCCAAAAAGUCACAACCUUCUCCUCCGCGAGGCGAUCCGUCCUCGGCUUCGUCCUCGGCGAACGCGGCGGCAAACAAUGCGUCCGAAGGCUCUUCGACCUCCCCUGGUUCUCCCGCGUCUGGGUGCUCCAGGAAGUCGGCCUCGCCACCGCCGCCACCGCGCACUGGGGAGACGCGAGCAUCGACUUUAGCGAGAUCGCCACCUUCAUCAGCAAUGCCUACUUCAUCGAGGACCUCCGCCACUUCCUCGGGCCCGAGACCUCCGAGACGCUCAUGGGCGCCCCGCUGUACGCCCUCUGGAACGUCUGGUCCACCUACGGGAAGAAGAACUCGUGGAUGCACCGGACCCCGCCCCUGCGGGCCUUCGCCGACCAGCUCGCCGCCGUCUGCCAUAUCGACUUCGUUCUCGUCCUGGAAGCCUCGCGCUACUUCAGCGCCACCAACGACCUCGACCACGUCUACGCCUUCCUCGGCCACCCGAAGGCCAGAAACCCCGCCACCGGCGAGCCCUGGCUCAAGGCGAACUACUCUCUAGACCUCAAGGAGCAACACCGAUUGGUAGCCGCCAGCCUCGCCCAGGAAUCGCUCAACUUCCUGGUCCAGGCCCACCAGACCCACGAGUCCUUGCGUCCCGGCUUCGACCGCCCGUCGUGGGUACCCCGGUGGAACGAGAAGAAGCACCCGCUCCACGCCGAGGCCUUCUGGGAGGCAUGGGACGCCAGCCUCCGCAAGUCCGAGCGCGAACCCUUCCGCGCCCAAGUCGGCGUCGUCGUCGACCAGGGGGAGAAACUGUCCGUCUCGGCCCUGCUCAUCGACUCGGUCGACGAACUGACGCCGACCAUGGAACCGUCCAAGUUCGGCCCCAUCGGCAUGGACGCCGGGCAGAUGCUCGAGAUGUGCUGGGACCUCGCCCGACGGAAACCGCACCCGUACCCCCCCGGCGAGUCCGUCCUCGCCUUCGCGGCGACCAUCAGGGGCUACUACAAGGCCCAGUCCGAGCACCUCGUCGAGCAGCUCGCCGGCUACGCCAUGUAUGCCAACCCCAGAUUCCAGGAGACCUACCUGAAGCCGAUACGAGGCAUGGUCGAAAUGAAUACUGCACUCGAGGCGAGGAAGAACUUUGGCGCUGCCUUCAAGGCCCAUUCCUCCAACCGGCGCUUCUUCAACACCCGCGAAACGGGCUACUGGGGCACCGGCCCGUCCGUCAUGCAGCCCGGGGACGUCUGCGCCGUGCUGUUCGGUGCCGACGUUCCCUUCAUUCUAAGGCCCGCGGGGACGGUGAGGGAAUAUAAAGUGGUCGGGGAGUGCUACAUUUACGGAAUAGUGGACGGGGAUGCUGUAAGAGCAUGGCGGAAAGGGGAACCGGGCUUUGUCAAGGAGGAUAUUGUGCUCGUGUAA